AUGUCGACAAACGUAAAAGGAUCUGCUGGUAAAAACAUCAAGUAUCCUUGGUGGUACGGGGGUGUAGCAGGUAUCUUCGCCACCAUGGUGACGCAUCCUCUGGACUUGGCCAAAGUCAGACUGCAGGCGGCUCCCAUGCCCAAGCCCACACUUUUCAAGAUGUUGGAAAACAUCUUGGCUAAUGAGGGUGUGAUGGGGUUGUAUUCCGGUCUGAGCGCUGCUGUGUUGCGGCAAUGUACAUACACAACGGUGAGGUUUGGUGCGUACGACCUGUUGAAAGAGAACGUGAUUCCGGAGGAGCAAUUGACUAAUAUGGCGUAUCUGUUGCCUUGCUCUAUGUUCAGUGGUGCUAUUGGUGGUCUUGCGGGGAAUUUUGCAGAUGUUGUGAACAUCAGAAUGCAAAACGAUUCGGCCUUGGAGGCGUCUAAGAGGAGGAACUACAAGAACGCUAUUGAUGGUGUGUAUAGAAUAUAUCGGUACGAGGGUGGAUUCAAGACCUUGUUCACUGGUUGGAAGCCCAAUGUGGUUAGGGGCAUACUGAUGACUGCAAGUCAAGUCGUCACGUAUGAUGUGUUCAAGAACUACUUGGUCACAAAGUUGGAUUUCGACGCAUCCAAGAAUUACACACAUUUGACUGCGUCAUUGUUGGCUGGGCUGGUGGCCACCACCGUGUGUUCUCCAGCGGACGUCAUGAAAACACGUAUCAUGAACGGCAGCGGGGACCAUCAACCGGCUUUGAAGAUCCUUGCUGACGCUAUUCGCAAAGAGGGCCCAUCUUUCAUGUUCCGGGGGUGGUUACCAAGUUUCACAAGGCUGGGACCACUCACGAUGCUAAUUUUCUUUGCGAUCGAACAAUUGAAAAAACACAGGGUGGGUAUGCCGAAAGAAGACAUGUAG